CAAAGGGGAACCUAAACAAAACGCCAAAGCGUGAUCAACCGAGGAGGAAGAAAGGAAAAGGGAGACCCAAACAAACUGCUCCGUCGUCGUCCAUCUCACACUCCCCCCACCCCCAUUCCUGCUGCUUCCUCCCCCAAAUUCCGGUCCUCCUAAACCCCCUCCCCCCACCUCCUCCCCUCCGCCGCGGCCCCAAUUCCGCCCUCCCCGACCCCGAUGAAUCCGAUCUAAGCAUGUCCGCCGCUUUAGCCUGCCACCGCCGCAACCCCAAGCGCCGCCGCGACGCGCCCGAUCAUGCGCUCCCCCCGUCAUCCAAGCAGCCGCUGAUGGCCCACGCCGGAGCCGCCGAGCCGUCCUCGUCGGCCUCCGCCUCCGCUUCGGGGGCCGAUGGCGCCUCCGCGGCGGCGGCCGCCUCGUCGCCCCCCGCGUCGCCGCGGGAGGCGCACUUCUUCGUGCGCGCCACCGACUCCAAGACCAUCGCGAUGCACGCCGGGUGGGACGACACGGUCGGCGCCGUGCUCGACCACCUCGGCGCCUGCGGGUACGGCCGCGAUUUGCGGCUCCUCUACGCGGGGCGGCAGCUCCCACCGGAGGUCACCCUCGCCGAGCUCCGCCUCCCGCAGGACUCCACUCUGCACCUCGCGGCCCGACUCCGAUCCACUCAGCACCCGCACGCGUGGCAGCUCGCGGCGCACAUCGCCGCCACCGCCGCCGGCGCCGAGUCCGGGGCCGCCAGCGUCCCCGCCGCUGCCUUCUCCCUCGACGAGCUCGUCAAGGAGUUCAUCCUCCGCGCCCACCGCGCCAACCUCGGCCUUUCCCGCCACGAUCGCGGUGCUCCAGGUGGUGAAGACCGGGCCACGGGGGACCACGCGGCGGAGUACCUCGACAUCUUCCUGCAGGCGGGCGCCGCCUUAGCGUUGGUUCGCCUCUACCUCUCAAAGUCCGCCUUUCGCUCAUACGCCGAGCGUGCCAUCAAAUGCUUUAUCGCCACGGACCCUUCGUCUUUACCGAUGGACGUGCUUGUCUUGACUGCGCCAGUUCUGCUUGAAUUUUGCCGGUUGCUUUCCUUGGCUGCGGGCAAGAAGGAAGUACUCUAUAGAUCAUGCCGGCGUUCACUUGCAUCAGUGUUAUCCAGUCGGCCCAGGCUCCCCCCGUCCAUGAACUCGCCAACCAGGUUGAUCGAGCAAAUCCUGCCAUUUGCCCGUGAAACAGUGGAUGUGGUCCUUGAAGGACUCGCAUCCAUGUCCAUGAUGGUCUCACCUAUUGAUCUUGAUGAGUUCUCAAAUUUCUUUAAAGUGAUGUGCCAGCAGGCACGUCAUUGGAUAUCCGGUGAGGGGUCGAUGCCCAGGAAUCUGUACAGCAGGGAGUCUGAGCAUGGUAACACAUGGAUGUGGAGGUUCCAUAACAUGUCGAUGGACAUGUUGAAAAGGUUGGAUGAGUGCUUGAAGAGGUUGGAAAUGGACCUGUCAUUGUCAUCAGAUAGCAUUGGGGUCACGGAAAGUCAAACCAUAUGGGCCGCUCGAUCACACAUCCUGGUUGUGUUGACUGAACUUGAUUUCAUCUCAGCGAUUUAUGAGGAUGUGGGGCACAACCUACAGCUUGUGUUGAUGGCACACAGGGCACCGCUCAAUGCACUUGUCCGCUGUUCCAAGAGAAAUGAGCGUCUCCAUUGGCUCGUGAAGCAUAAGAAUCUCCUCUGCUUUGAGGCAAGAAGGAAUUUAGUCUUCAUGAUGCUCCCUGAAGGGAAGGAUGAUUUCGGGGAGCUGCAUGAGAUGUUGAUUGAUCGGUCACAUUUACUUGAUGAAUCCUUUAAUUACAUCGCACAGGCGAAACACAGUGAACUUCGAGGUGGGCUGUUUAUGGAGUUUAAGAAUGAGGAAGCUACAGGGCCUGGGGUUCUGAGGGAAUGGUUUUGUUUGGUGUGCCAAGCUCUUUUCAGUCCGAAGCAAGUUCUCUUCUCGCCUUGUCCUGAGGAUAAACGAAGGUUCUACUUGAAUGAAACAUCUGCUGUGGAUCCAUUGCAUCUGAAGUACUUCACUUUUGCGGGACGAAUAAUUGGAUUAGCCUUGAUGCAUAAAGUGCAAGUCGGAAUUGUGCUAGACCGUACCCUGUUCUUGCAUCUUGCUGGGAGAAGUAUUACACUAGAAGAUAUUUCUGUGGCAGAUCCUGUCAAAUAUGCAAGCUGCAAAAGGAUUCUGGAGAUGAAUGCUUCUGAAAUUGAUGAUCUAUACCUAACAUUUUCCCGAGGAGCUCAUGAAUUAGGUACUCGAGAGAUUAUUGACCUUUGCCCAGGAGGGCAGGAUAUCAGUGUGAAUAUCAGAAACAGAGAUCAAUACAUUGAUCUUCUUAUUAAGAACACCUUUGUGGACUCUAUUUCAGCUCAGCUAACCCAUUUCACCCAAGGAUUUACUGACAUACUAGUUAAUCCUGAUCGCCGUAAAGAAUUUUUUGAGUGCUUAGAUCUGGAAGACUUAGACCGACUGCUAGGAGGAAGCAACGACACAAUAAAUCUGCAAGAUUGGAAAUCACAUACUCAAUAUAAUGGCUACAAAGAAAAGGAUCGCCUGAUUACUUGGUUCUGGAAGGCAGUCGAGCGCAUGCCAAUCGAGCAACAGAGGCAGCUCCUCUUCUUCUGGACUUCAGUGAAGUACUUACCAUCAGACGGCUUUGGGGGGCUGAGCUCCAAACUGUACAUAUACAAGACAUCCGACUCACCUGAUCGUCUCCCAUCGUCUCAGACCUGCUUCUACCGCCUCUGCCUCCCUCCUUAUACAUCCUUGAAAAUGAUGGAAAACCAGCUGCAGAAGAUCACACAAGAGCAUGUGAGCUGCAGCUUCGGUACAUGGUAGUUGCCGGUAUAUUCUGUACAUAUCGUAGGGUAGUCCCAUCCUGUUAUCUCAUUGAAUCUGAUCCUACAAGCUUGAAUGAAGGUAAUAGGCUGUCUUAUUUUGUUUCUUCUUCUUUUUUUCUCUCUUUUUUUGUAUGUACCGUGAGUUAGUGUUCUGAGACACUUAACCUAAUGUAGAUGGAAUUGGUAGAAAGCAGAUUUCUUUUAUUUCCA